AUGUCUCAGAAAUAUUGCGAGAAGCUCCUAGGGCAGAUAGAAGACAUCACAAAGGCGAUUGCAAGCCUCAGGGGUCCACACACGUGGCCGUCGGGCGCCGCCGGCCGGCGCCAGUCCCCGGUGAACGUCAGGUCGGAGUGCGUGCAGCAGGUGGACGGCUGCCCGCCCCUGCUCUGGCCGGGAUACGACGUCCUGCCCUGCAAGCUCAGCCUCAGCAACGACGGAACAGCAGCUGUGCUGUGCGGUUGCUGGGGCGGCAGGAGCAGCGCACCGGCCCUCAGCGGCGGUCCUCUUGGCGAGGGCUGCUGGCCCUUCGCGUGGGCCGAGUUCCACUGGGGGCCCAGCGACGACGAAGGCUCGGAGCACACCCUCGACUACUGCCGGUACGCCCUCGAGCUGCAGGUCGUGCACGGGCCCUGCGAAGGUGCGCAGUACGAGUACGUCUGCGUCGCCGUACUCUUCGAGGCGGUCAUGGAGGACAACCCGUACAUGGACCCGGUGGUGCAGGCGCUGCACCAGGUGAGGCGGCCCGGUUGCUGCACGCAGCUGCUGCCCUUCCCGCUGGACUGGCUGUCCCCGCCGAUGGAGCAGUCUUACCUCUCCUACAGCGGCUCGCUCACCAGGCCGCCCUGCAGUGAGGGCGUCCUCUGGAUCCUCCGCCCGCACCCUCUCACCAUCUCCAGUCGGCAGUGUAUCCGGUCAACAGCAUUCUGGGAACUCAAUAACCUGCGUCGUAAAAACCGUUGUUCAGAACUAUGGAGGACAAUUGACAAAAUUGAUCGUUACAGUAACAGUUAUCAUCCUAAAUGA